AUGGGCGUCAUCACUCACCCCAACAUCCGCGAUGGUUGGUUUCACGAGACCAACUCUCAAUGGCCUGGUCAGGCCAUGAGCCUGCAGGUUCAGCGUAUCCUUCACCACGAGAGGUCCCUCUACCAGGAUGUCCUCGUCUUCGAGUCCACCACCUUCGGCAACGUUCUCGUUCUCGAUGGUGUCAUCCAGUGCACAGAGCGCGACGAGUUCUCCUACCAGGAGAUGAUCGCUCACCUUCCCAUCGCUUCCCACCCCAACCCCGAGCGUGUCCUUGUUAUCGGCGGUGGUGACGGUGGUGUACUCCGUGAGGUUGUCAAGCACGACUCGGUCAAGGAGGCCGUCCUCUGCGACAUUGAUGAGGCCGUCCCCCGUGUCUCCAAGCAGUACCUUCCCAAGAUGGCCGAGGGUCUCACUCAUCCCAAGUCCACUGUCAUCAUUGGUGACGGUUUCAAGUUCCUCCAAGACCCCAAGAACAAGGCCAGCUUCGACGUCAUCAUCACCGACUCUUCUGACCCCGUUGGUCCCGCCGAGGCUCUCUUCCAGCAGCCCUACUUUGCCCUCCUCAAGGAGGCCCUCAAGCCCGGAGGACACAUCUCCACCCAGGCCGAGUGUAUCUGGAUCCACCUCAACCUCAUUGGCGAGCUCCGACGAUCCACCAAGGAGCUCUUCCCCGUUGCCGACUACGCCUUCACUACCAUCCCCACUUAUCCAUCUGGCCAGAUCGGCUUCGUUAUCUGCUCUCUUGACGCCAACCGAAACGUCCGAGAGCCCCUUCGUGAGGUUUCCAACUGCCGAUACUACAACUCGCAGGUCCACAAGGCUGCCUUCACUGUCCCCGAGUUCGCCCGCAAGGUUAUCGAGGACGGCGCCCCGGCUCCUGGCCGUGUCAUCCCCACCGGUGAGGGCAACGCCAAGGUUCAGCGUGCUCCUAAGAAGAUUCUCCUCCUUGGUUCCGGUUACGUCGCCAAGCCCUUCGCUGAGUACGCCACUCGCUUCCCCGAAUACAGCUUGACAGUCGCUUCCGCCAAGCUCGAGCACUCACAGCAUCUCAUCCAUGGUCUCCACAACUCGACUGCCGCUUCCGUCGAUGUCAACGAUGCUGCUGCUCUUUCCGACAUCAUCAAGGGCCACGACGUUGUUGUCUCGCUCAUUCCUUACAUCUACCACGCUGCCGUCAUCAAGGCCGCUUGCGAACACAAGGUCAACGUCGUCACAACCUCGUACAUUUCAGACGCUAUCCGUGCCCUUGAACCCGAGAUCCAAAAGGCUGGUAUCACCGUCAUGAACGAGAUCGGUCUUGACCCUGGUCUCGACCACCUCUACGCCGUCAAGGCCAUCGAUGAUGUUCACGCUGAGGGCGGCAAGAUCAAGUCCUUCCUCUCCUACUGUGGUGGUUUGCCCGCUCCCGAGGCUGCUGACAACCCGCUCGGCUACAAGUUCUCCUGGUCUUCGCGUGGUGUCCUCCUUGCGCUCCGCAACACUGCCAAGUUCUGGAAGGAUGGCCAGGAGCUCACCGUCUCCGGUCACGAGCUCAUGGCUGCUGCUCAGAGCUUCUACAUCAACCCUGCUUUCGCCUUUGUCGCUUACCCCAACCGUGACUCGACCCCCUUCAAGCAGUGGUACAACAUCCCCGAGGCCGAGACUGUCAUCCGUGGCACUCUCCGAUACCAGGGCUUCCCCGAGUUCAUCCUUGCUCUCGUCAAGCUCGGCUUUCUCGACGAGGAGGCCAAGAACUUCCUUGCCUACAACACCAACGCUUCCUGGGCCAAGGUCACCGCCAAGAUGGUCGGUGCCUCCUCCACUUCCGAAGCCGACCUUAUUGCCGCUAUCAAGACCAAGGUCUCGUUCAAGUCGGCACAGGAGGAAGAGACCAUCAUCCGUGGUCUCCGAUGGCUCGACCUCUUCUCCACCAAGGCCCCCGCCACUGUCCGUGGCACUGCCGCCCAAGAGGCUUCUCAGGUCGCUGGUAACCCCCUUGACUCGCUCUGCGCCACUCUCGAGGAGAAGUGCGCCUACGCUCCCGGAGAGCGCGACAUGGUCAUGCUUCAGCAUAAGUUCGAAAUCGAGACUGCCAACGGUGAACACAAGACCCUCACCUCGACCUUGCUCGACUACGGUAUUCCUCACGGUACUUCUUCAAUGGCUAAGCUUGUCGGUGUGCCAUGCGCUAUCGCUACCCGUCUCAUCCUUGAGGGUCACCCCGCUCUGACCAAGACUGGUAUUCUUGCUCCUUACACCAAGGACAUUUGCGAUCCUAUCCGUCUCGAGCUCGAGAAGGAGGGUAUUGCUCUUGAGGAGCGAUACGUGUAG